GCUUGGUUAAUAAGAUAUAUGUAUCACCGGACAUAUUUUUCUUUGAUGCCUUGAAAACUCUGCGCUGCAUUUCUAAUCGAUUGAUAGUUUUUCAUGCAGAAGUUCGAGCAUUGAAACGUAAAGUACUAAAAGGAAGGGAAUUCGAAAGUUAGUAAGGAUGUUAUUGUUGACCCAGGCAAUGAGAAACACCGUCAUUUGUAACUCACAAUUCACUGAAUUUUUUUAGGCGGUAAUUACUGGGUUAUAGCAUAUCCCUUUACUCACGUGCUUAAAUGUGAUGCUUUGUCAAAUUUUUUUUUUUUUCUUUAAUUGUUCAAAUCCUCUUAGGAAGUCUAGAACGGCUUACAUGCCAAUUUUUUUUUCGAAAUUUUCAAAUCCUCUUAGGAAGUCUAGAACGGCUUACAUGCAGUGAGGUCACUUCAAUUUGAAAAAAAAGUCCAAUUGGCAUUUGAACUAUUUCAAAUACUUUUUCGUUCAAUAACUGCAUAGUUACACAGAUAAGCUUCAGUUUGCGUCAUUAAUUACUUUCUUAUCUUCUUCACACGUUGUCGUUUAAAGUUUCUGAUAAUUUUCUUUAGAAACUAACCGGUUUUAUUAACCGCUUUUUAUUGCGCUUAAGGUGCUAGCCAUGCUUUGUGAGAGGCUUCUGACUGGCGUUUUCCUAAUUGCGUUCGCCCAUUCUUUUAGGGCUAUUACGUAAACCACCGGUGCGCUGAAUGAUGUUCCUACUCAACCAAAGAGGUUAUUUUCCAAAUGGUUUCUGUCAGGCAUUGAACAGUUUUAUCGAAGUCGGCUGCGAUGCCUAUUAUUCGCAUGUUUUCAGUUUUGAGGAACAGGUAGACUUUUCUAUGUCGAAAAUGGCUUGCUGAUAAUGAAUAAAAACAAAUCUAGGGUGGUGUACAGAGAGACCUCUUUGAACAUUAAACUGUACAUUCCUUGUGUCCCACUCUGAGUCAAAAAAAGGUUUUUCAACUAUUUUCUCUUAUUAAGGAGCAUUUGCUACUCACGAUUGUCUUGCUGUAUUUUGUUUUUCUCUGAAAUUUAGCUUGCUCUACAUCGUGAAACCAAAUCUCUAAAUUUCUACUGACGUCUUUUAGUAAGCGGCUUUAGAAAUGAACCACAAUAAGUACAAAGGGAUUACAACAAUACCGAUUACAUGCAAAUCGCUUCAAUUGGCUGUGUUUAUUCGCUUGAUUGAUUACAAAGUCUUAUGAAAUUUUAAUGUCAAGCAGCUACGUCGCUUACGACAACAUGCCGUGUUAAGUGGUAGAGAAGGCAUGACCCGAAGGGCUUUUGUUUGAUAAAUCCAAUUUCGGAGCAAUCACGGUCAUUUGCGCGUGAUUAGUUCAACUGGACAUGUUCGUGAGGAUAGCGAAGUUUUAAACUGGUUCUUUCAUUUUGUAAAAGCUCGCGUAGGAAGUCAGCACAAAGGUCAUUUAUCCAGAGAACAUUAGUGAGUCGCUACAAAAAGUUAACAACAGGAAAGAGCGAUCGAAAGAAACGACAGUUAAACAAGUGUAUAUGACCAACAAAAGGCUACUUUGUGACGGAGAUGUAAGGUCCUGCAUCUCUCUGCCUUCCUCAGUUAAUGAUAGAGAAACUACAAAGUCAACUAUUGUAAGCGGCGGUUAUAGUGAGGGAAGCUAAACAAUGGAUAGGACGCCAAAGAAAGAAAGUUCGAUGUCAGCUGUGGAAAGAAUAUUGGAUUCGUUGAGAUUAUCACCAAAGUGGAGUCGUCAGUCGGCAGUAAACGGGAAAUCGGUCAAAGAAACCCGUAUCAUUGUAAACCGUGAUAGUGGGUUAACAAACCAACACUUAUCUUCUUAUAACCGUAAACAUGCAACAAUAUCAACGUCGAGUUCCGAUUAUCCUGAAACAGAAAAGAACGACUCUUUUUCGGACUCUGCCUACUCGCAAAGUUCUGAGACCUCGAUCAAUUCCGGCGACAGGAGAUCACUUAAUACAACUUCAACAGAUUCGGAUAACAACCGGUUAUUUUAUAAAGAUACUUCGCCAAGGAGUCGGAUCUGUUCGAGAGGCGACGCCGCUGAGGUAACAGACUUAGACGAGGGAUACUUUAGGAGGGUUUUAAUGUUGAUGAAAGUUGUACUUUAUUUACGACACAGCUUUCCUCUGAAACUGGUUCGAAGAAGAAGAAGAAGAAAGGUUUAUCCAGCCGAGAAUAGAAGAGAUAAGCUCCAAGGUCACGAAAGUCCCAGUUUAAGUUCCAGUUCGAUGGACUCGUGGGAUUCGAGUGAAUAUAGUGCGAGGAGCGCGCGAAGUCGAAAGCGUAUCUCAUUCACUCCUACAACUCUUCUUUUCUCUGCAGUAACGGAAAAGGCUUAUGCGGAAGCUAAAAGUAUUCUAGAAGAGCAAGAUCUGGACUUGAAUUCUCAAACUCCAAACGGGCAAACGUUACUACAUAUCGCUUCAGCAAAUGCGGAUUUGAAAUGCGCUCAGCUUCUUAUACAGCACGGCUCGGACGUAAAUUUGAAAGAUGCGAGCGGCUGGACACCUUUACAUGCGGCAGUUAGGCGGGGAAACUGGAAAUGUGCGAUUUUACUUAUCGAGGCUGGUGCUGAUUUCGGAGAAUACGCACAGACAAGAAUCCAAGAAUACAAUCAAGUUUUGCAAAUGUCUUCUUCAUAUUAUCGAUCAGUAGAGAUCUUUGUGUAAUGAGUUUGUUUGUCUCUGAGUUGUCUUUAUUUAUUUACGUACCAGUCUGUGGUACUUUGAUUCUGCAAUUACUUUAUCGUUAAGACACGAUCCUAAAUGGUAAUAAUGACGCCUUUCACUGAUUUAAUAUAAUAACAGAGUUUCCGUACAGCCGAAUUUAAUUAUGAUGACUUAUGAAUAAAGAACGAUUUAAUAUC